AUGGGUCCAUCAAGAACCAAGACGGUGAAGAACAAGCAUGCUGCCAGUAAAUCUGGCAUAAAAGGCAGCAAGGCUUCCCAAAACCCGCAAUUCGACCCCGUCGUCAAGUCAAAGAAACCAAAGGGCAAGCUCCCUGCCUCUCAGAUCAAGGGAAGGUCGGGGCUCGCAGAUCUACUCAAGAAACGGAAGAAGAAGGUCUACAGUGAAAAGGAACUAGGUCUUCCCCAGCUCAACAUGAUUACUCCGGUUGGGGUCCAGAAGCCAAAGGGCAAGAAGAAGGGCAAAGUAUUUGUGGACGACCGAGAGAGUAUGAAUACGAUCCUUGCUAUGGUACAAGCCGAGAAGGAAGGCCAAAUUGAGUCGAAGAUGAUGAAGGCGCGACAGAUGGAGGAGAUCCGUGAGGCGAGGAAAGCAGAGGCUGAGAAGAAAGAGGCAGACAGGAAGGCGAAGUUAGACGAGACGAAAGAGUCGCUACGAAGGAAACGAAAGAGGCCUAAGACUGCAGAAGAUGAGGACAACAUCAAAGAAGUCACCUCAACCGGCACGAAAGCCUCGAAGUCAAGGAAGAAGAAGGUGUCUUUUGCUGAAUGA